AUGGCAGUGGAAGAUAAACAGGUGGUGACUGAAAUUUCAGUUCACUCAUCUGCAAGGAUUACUGACAGGAAUCUACUGGGAAACAAAUAUGCAAGAGAAUACUAUACAAAGGUGGAGCAAGCCUUUCAGGAAAAACGAGCUAUAUUCCCUAUGACUGCAGAUGUUGUGCAAAUGAAAGAACAAGAAGAGCAAGUGGUGUGCAAGGUUUAUGCUCGUCUUCUUCGGGUUAGUAAAGGGGAUGAUAGAGAAGCAUCUAAAGACAGGGAGACUCUUCAUGUUGCUCAAGAUUAUGCGGCUCUUGCUAGCAUGAAGUCUAAUAGUGGUAAAGGCAACAAAGGUGCCAGUCAAGAUAUCAAGGGUACUCGUGGUAAUGGUAAUGGUCCUCGUACUUGCUUCCAUUGUGGUGUUGAAGCUAAUGGGUCUACUGUGCCAAUUAUGGGUUGUGGUGCUGGUAAUCCCACCAAAUCUAUGUCUCUCUCCUCUGAUCUUGGAACAAAGCAGAUUAUUGGUAGGGCUCGUGUCUCAGGUGGCUUGUACAUGCUUGAUGACAUCUCUACUCUAAUGCCACCACAUGUUGCAGGUUACCCACAGUAUCAAAAAGGCUAUCGUUGUUUUUCUCCUACUUUGGGUAAGUAUAUUGUCUCGGCUAAUGUUUCAUUCUUCGAAACUACUCCUUAUGUUGACAAUUCCAUUCCAUCUUCUUCUCUAGUCAUUGAUGAUUUUCUUAUUUAUACCAUUACUCACUAUAGCUCUCCACCCCUAUCUUGUCCUCCUAUCACUCAGAUAUACUCUCGCCGCCCUCCACCGCAACAAGUGGCACUAGCGCUAACACCAAUGUCGGCAUCUGAUACACUUGAGACUUUGCCCCUACUACCUACCUGGCCCCCGGGUCUGGAUCCUCCUCCUUCUAACCUAGAUCUUCUCAUUGCUUUACGUAAAGAUUCCGUGUCUAUUCCCCGUUCAGUGUUUGAAGUAGUUGCUCGUGAUGGAUGGCGAAGGGCUAUGCAAGAAGAGAUGUCUGCGGCCUGGUUGAAAGCUCAGUUGAUUGCUAAGGGUUAUGCUCAAACAUAUGCUUCCUAUGGUUGGCCCCUUCACCAACUUGAUGUCAAGAAUGUCUUUCUUCAUGGUGAUCUUCUUAAGAAGGUUUACAUGGAGCAACCACUAGGGAGAAGGAUUGUCUUGUCUCAACGCAAGUAUGUGUUAGAUUUGUUGACUGAAACAUGUCUAACUAGAGCCAAGCCUUGUGAUACUCCUAUGGUUCCUAACGUAAAAUUGAAUGUUGAAGAUGGAGAGGUGUUUGUUGAUCCAGAGCGAUAUAGAUGCAAAGUUGGAAAGUUGAAUUAUCUUGCAGUAACUUGUCCAAAUAUUACUUUCUCAAUGAGUGUGAAAAGUAAGAAACAACCUGUUGUAGCUGGAUCAAAUGCAGAAUUUGAGUAUCGAGCUAUGGCACAAGUAACUUGUGAGCUUAUAUGGACAAAAUAUCUCCUUAGAGAAGUUGGAAUUGGUGAUCCAUGGAUUCUGGACUUGUGGUUCUUUCAGGUUGAUAUGAGCACAACAGACCAGAGACAACAAAGAAAUUCUGCUGGGUAUGAGAGAUCUGCAAAGGUCGUUCACCGCAUGUAUAGUAAUGGAAGCAUUGGUGUCAAGUUUAGUCGAGAUGGAAUUAUUAACCUUGUUCGAGGGAAUUGUUGGGAUGGCAAGCAAGUGAUUGUUGUGUCAGCCCCUGGAACUGGGAAGACUACAUUGAUUAAGAAACUUUGCAAAGAUGAAAAAGUCGAAGCAAAAUUCAAGGACAACAUUUUCUUUGUCACUGUUUCUAAACCACACAAUGUGAAGGUUAUUGUACGGAAAAUAAUCCAGCAUAUGGGUAAAGAUGUGUGUGAGUUUCAAACAGAUGAGCAUGCAAUCAAUGACUUGGAACGUUUGUUGAAGGAAAUGGGUUCACCACCCAUAUUGUUGGUCCUUGAUGAUGUCUGGUCUGGAUCAGAAUCCAUGCUGCACAAGUUCAAGUCCCAAUUGCCCAAUUACAAGAUUUUGGUGACUUCAAGAGCUGUAUUCCCAAAACUUGGUUUUGAAUAUAAUUUAAAACCAUUGAGUGACGAAGCUGCUGAAACACUUUUCCGUUAUACAGUGGGUGGAGACUCAUACGUUGGAGAUAAAAAGCUUGUCAAUAAGAUAUUGGGAGUCUGUAAGGGAUCUCCACUAGCCCUUACUGUAGUUGGUAGAUCACUCUGUGGGCGGUCUGCAGCAGUCUGGAAAAGUAGAGUGAAGGAAUGGCAGGAUGCAACUAUUUUCCAUUCUAACACUGAUUUGCUUGUUUGUCUCCAAAGCAGCUUGGAUGCCUUAGAUGAUAAGCUCAAGGAGUGUUACAUGGACCUUGGUUCUUUUGCUGAGGACCAUAGAAUUCCUGUCACUGCCCUCAUCGACAUGUGGGUGGAAUUGUAUAAAAGGGAUGAAGAUAAUCUUUAUCUCAUCCUUAGUGAUCUCUCUGACGUAAAUCUGUUUGAUCUAGUGGUGACCAGUGAUGAUGGCUCCUACAAUGAUCACUUUGUUAUACACCAUGAUCUUCUCAGAGAGCUAAUUAUCCAUCAAAGCUUAUUAGAACCAGUAGAAAAGAUGAAAAGACUAUUCAUAGAGAUAAGUGGAAACAAUUUUCCUCCGUGGUGGUUGGAACAGAAUCUGCACCCAGUUAAUGCCCGUCUCUUGUCAAUCUCCACAGAUGAAACAUUCUCAUCCGGUUGGUAUGACAUCAAAGCACCUGCAGUUGAAGUUGUAGUUCUAAAUGUUCGAACAAAGGAGUACGCCAUGCCAGAUUUUAUGGAGAAGAUGGAAAAAUUGAAGGUCUUGAUAGUCACAAGUUGCGGAUUCCUUCCUGUUGAAUUAAGUAACUUUCAACUUCUUGGUUCUUUGUCAAAUCUAAAGAGAAUUAGAUUGGAGCGAGUUUCAAUUUCCUUUGACAUGACAACGAUACAAAUGAAGAAUCUGCAGAAGUUAUCCUUGGUUUUAUGCAAUGUGGGUCAGGUUUUUAGUAAUUCUACCUUCCAAAUUUCAGAUGCAUUUCCAAAUUUGAAGGAGAUGGACAUUGACUAUUGCAAUGAUCUAGAGGCACUGCCUGAUGGGGUAUGUGAUAUUGUCUCCCUAGAAAAUCUCAGCAUCACCAAUUGUCAUAAGCUGUCCCAACUGCCGGAAGGGAUUGGCAAGCUGGUAAACUUACAGGUGCUAAGGCUUGCUUCUUGUACUGAUCUCGAAGCAUUGCCAGACACAAUUGGGGACCUAGCCAAUUUAAGACUUCUUGAUAUAUCUGAAUGCCUAAGCAUCACAGAAUUGCCAGCACAGAUUGGUCAGUUAUACAGAUUAGAAAAACUUUGCAUGAGAGGCUGCUGUAGUUGUGAUCUACCCACAUCAAUUACGAAGCUUAAGAAUUUGGAGGUUGUGCGAUGCGAUGAAGAGACAGCUUAUAAAUGGGAAGAACUAGAGGCCUGUUUCACAUAUCUGACAAUAGAAGUGCCUAAAGAAGAUAUAAACUUAAAUUGGCUUUACAAGUAA